AUGGAGGCUCCUCUGGAUCAUGGUCCUACUGGCACUGAGGAGGCAGAACCUGAGAUCAUUCAGACCUUGCAUGGAUGGUCAACCUCUGGUGCAACACCGGGACCUGAUGUAGCGGAGACGGAACCUGUGGAAGACCAGCAGCCAUCGCUCCAUAACACAGACCCAUCAUCAUGUUCAUCCCCCACCAAUGGGCCUGACUCUGGCCUCACCGACAUGGACUGCCCCAUCUGUUUCAGCAGAUAUGACAACUGUAGGGUUCCCAAGGAACUGUCCUGUAAGCACAACUUCUGUGCGGUCUGCCUUAAACUGCUGAUCUGUAAUGAGGUGGGCACCUGGCGGAUCGUUUGCCCCAUCUGUAGGGCGCUUACCCCGGUUUUUGGAGGACUUGUAUGCACUUUGCAAAACCAGGAGUCUCUUAUGAGCAGGCUGGAGAACCCUAAGCCCAAAGUCGAGGUCCUUCAGCCUCUAGAGGUGGUUUUAAGACUGGACGGCCAUAGCCAGUGUGACCCGAGGGACGACGAACGGCAUGGGAACCUGACAAUCGCGACUAGGAGGCUCGUCAUACUAUUGCUAAAUUUGCUCAUUGUUCUCAUUAUCAUCAUGCAGUUUCUCUACACGGGGAUCAUAAAAUGGGUUCUUGGCUUCACCCUCGGCAUUGUUGUCAUUAUCACCGUCCUGCUGUGCUUCAACCCGAACUGCAGGAUGAGCUUUCCCUGGGCGGCCAAUCAACAAAAUGGACAAUGA